AUGACGACGAUUAAGAAGAAGGAACCGUGGGCGGAGUCUGAUGUGCAUUUCUCGCAAAUGACAAGACACGGCGAAGCAGAAAAACACGAGUAUUACAUGUAUCACGACGAAAAAGUAAAAAUACAAUUUCAAAGCUAAAAACUCACCGUAAGCGUUCAAUUUUCAGUCUCAUGAAAUCGAUACAGAGUCGGAGACUUCAUCGGACACGGAAAUAAUUGUUGUUGACGAACCAGCGCUCCCGAACCCGAAAGUGUACCCGAAGGCUCUUGACGCGUACGUCUACCGUAACCCGCACCCGUCAAUGCAAGAAAUGGCCGAUUUGUCGGCGGAGCUGCAAAUGACACUUCGAGAAGUAUUUCAUCGUUUCGAGCAGCUCCGCAAGUUCACCGGCGUCAAAUGCUCCGUCCUGGACUCUUGCGAACGCGCCAGAUUUUAUUUCUCCACGCAAACCGAGUUUUGCGAAGGAACCGGACAUCCGGACAACACCGAGAAAGAGCAAAAGCCUCCGGAGAGCAACUGCGCUCCAUGGGCGACUCGAAUCGCUCAGUUCUUUCUCACUUUCAAACACCCGCGCAUUCAUCAAAUGAUCGAACUUUCGGGAAGAUGUCAUCUCCCAUAUCGACACGUUUUCCAGCAUUUGGAGCAAUUGCGCGAGAAGCUGAAUGAGCCGUGCGCGCAAGAUGACACGUGUCAUCGAGUCAGACGAUAUUUCGAGAUGGAAAACAUGGAUGCGGACGAGAAUGUCAAUUGGAAAGUGGAUUAUAUUCUGGAGAACGAGUUCGCGCGGCUCGAUUUUAAUAGAAUGCAGCUCACCGACGGAUACGUUCAUUUGGUGGGUCUUAUCGAUUAAAAUUAAUUAAUUUGUUUUCAAAAUUUGCAGCUCGUCGACAAUUUGCACACGCGCCCGGCGUACAUCCGCGAGAAAUACGCGUGCCGCGCUCCGCCCCCACUCCCGGGAGUGCCCAUCCGCAACCUUCUUUCCACUCUGAUCGACGGCUGCGCCCUCGUUUUCUACGCCGCGAUGCCGCACCCGUCGAUCCAGGAAAUGAUCGAAAUGGCCGAAAUGUGCGGCAAACCGUAUCGGACCGUUUUCAAGCAGUUUGACGAUUUCCGAAAGCGAACCAACGAAAUGUGCGCGACUGAAAACUGCACUUGUGCGAGAGUUCGACAAUAUUUGAGAGAGGAACGAAUGAAUGUGAAGGAAUCGGCGGCCGUGGACGAGCAGAAAAUGAAGGAGAUGCUGAAGGCGUUUCGUGAUUUGGGAGGGAGCCGUAUCACGCAGGGACACGUUCAUUUGGUGGGCAAAUGCUCGAAAUUAAGGCGGAAAUUUUGAAAUUUUUAUUCAGAUUAUGGAAAAAACAAAUUUGACGUCAACGUUCAUCAGAAGCCGCUUCAGAACGUGGGCGGCCGGACGAGAGGUGAGCUCCCGAAUCUUCGGAACGCGUCCCCGAAUGCCCGUCUACGCAAAAGAGCUUCUCCUCGCCGAAUUCACAAGCAAUCCCUUUCCGGACGCGAAGGAAUUCCGAGAAAUCAAAGAGAAAUCCGGACUGCCGACCGCACAAAUCCGAAGAUUCUUCUCGCAGCAACGAAAAAAAUUAUAAUUGUUUUGUUUUACCUGUUACUGUUGAUGCACUUUGUUCUGUUUCAAUUUUCAAUCUUCCUAAAUUAAAGAUUUUGUUUCUCGUGCAGUAUGCAAGUGCGCUCCCUUGACAAAGUGGAAAACAAAUUUCGACAGAUUUUUAUCACUUUUUCAGCAGUUAUUUGACCGCAGGAUGGAUCUGAAAGCACCGAAACCGGAACCCGAGGACGAUUCGAACGAUUUCAGCCUCGCAAACACGUGUGUUCAUUCAGAACUCCCGCCAUAAAAAUUUGAAUUUAUUUUCGAAGGGCGCUACGCACCGAUUCAAAAUUUUCGUUUGCCGCCUUUACGCCGGCGUACGCCCAUUGGCUGCGUGUCGCCCCUGUGCAAACACCGUUCUAGAUAUUUUGCGUACUUGGCACCAGAUACUACGCAAAUUUUAGGCCAGCUGUUUAUUUAUUCAAAUUAGAGAGUGCGAGAUUGAAGAGACGCCGACGAUGUUCGGUAGGGCGCGCUUGCAUGCGCGUAACAGUUCGAACGCUCGUGCGCAAAUGUACUUUUACAGCUAAAAUAUCUGGAAAAUUUUAGGAUUGUAGGGUCAAGGAAUCGAUUUUGAGCUGAAGUCGGAGAUUGAGUUUACGGAAGUAAAAGAAGAGGUACGCUUUCGAAUUCGCAGAGACUUUAUGCCGCGUCCAAAGUGUCGGAAAAACCGCAAAAGCCGCAGGUUUUUGUGUCCAAAGUCGGCCGAAAUUUGCGUGAAAAACGGGGUGCACACAGCUCAAUGAAUGUAACCGUAGUGGCGAUCGCUUCGAGACCCGCGUCGUUCAAAACGCCAUUUUUGCUAUUUUUCUCCGUUUUUUUAGUGAAUUUUUUGUAAAAUGCUUUAAAAAUGCUCACAAAAAUUUCAAAAUCAAGUGAAAAAUGAAUAAACUAGUCGAUUUUCAGGUUUCCCCGCCCGCAAAUAUGGAUUCCGACGAUUCCGACGAUGUUGAAAUCCAAGAGGACAAACCCGCGGACAAAGAAGAUGAUAAAGAUGCGAACGGAAAGAGAGCAAGUGGAAGUGGAAAAAAUGCGAAGAUUUCGAUGACGAAAGGCGAUAAUUAUACGAAGGUAAACAUUUUGUUUUGAAAAAGUGGAAACAUCUCAUUUUCAGCUGACGUUCACGCAGUGUAGCCGGAUCAUUUCACAAAUUGAAAUGAAUCCUUGUCUCUGGAAUCUGCGAGAAAAGGACUACAAAGACACGCCUUUGAAAAACGGUCUGUGGGCCGACAUAGAGAAGUCGGUGGAGUUUCUCAAGAGAGACCGAGGUAUCACUGGUUGCCACUAUAAAAGAUGGUGAUUUUGAUUUUUCAGGCUGUACUUUGCGGAAAGUUUGGAACACGCUGGUGGCCGCAUAUCGCGUAGAACGAAAGGCGUCGAUGAAACCAAGUGGGAGCUCGAGUGCAAAAGCCCGUCCUUCAUUCCCAUAUUAUGAAGAAAUGGGAUUUUUGGACAACGUAUACAGAGACAAAUCACCACCUCCGUAAGUGAAAGGUUAGGAGGCCGACUUAAUCCGAAAUCCUUCAGAAUUCACAAUGAAACUAUUGGAUUCGUCCGUCGAGAUGUUGGCGUCGACACUCCGAAAAGAAUGAAGAGGGAGAAGUACGACUGGCAAACUGGAAGCGACGACGCCGACGCCGAUUUGAAGCUAUUCAUGAAGGAGUCCCGCGAAGUUCUGAGAAGCUUCGGCCAGCGCAGAAACGACGGGAGACGGGAAUUCGAGGCAGUCACCAAGUUGCUGACUGAGACCCUCCGCUCGAUUCCUCCUACUUCCCAGCUUCUCCUUCAAGGAGAGAUAGCACAACUGUGCGAAAAGUACAAGAAGAAAGACGUCACGCUCACCACCGCCGCUUCGUCCUCAGGAUCUGGAGAAGGAUGGGAGAACCUGGACAAUUUUUAA